GAGCACACAAAAAAAUUGCCAUUUGAAAAAGCUUAUAAUUACACACAAACUACAGUUUGUGAUCAUUCAGUGCGAUAUAAAACCAUUGAAACAAACUUUGUAAAUAAUAUGCAAAUUGGUUUCCAAAACAAAAAGCCAAUCAGAAACCUGCCUGUUAUUUUCUGGAGUCAGAAGUCUGUUGUGAGUCUCUACGUGAAAUUGAUCUUCAGCUGAGGGAAGGUAAACAAACACAGGAAAUUUUGAACAGUUGUUAUGAAUGGUUUUGUAAUGUUUUAUACUAAGAAAUGUAAAAAAAAAACUAGACCAAAACAGAACUAUAAAACCAAAAAAGGAAUAUGUAAAAGUGAAAAACCUUACUGGAGUAAGGAAUUGCAGAGUCAAUGGGAACAAUUAUUCUUAGCAGAGAAAAUCAGCUACAAUGUGCUUCUGUUACUGAUCAUAUCAUGUACAUAUAUGUGCACAAAACAGCUGUGAAGUUAAAAAAUACGGACUAUAAAAAAUUUCACAACUUUAGUUUGGCGCCCCCUUUGGCCGGCCCCCCUAUGCGACACAUAUGCUGCAUAGCUACUUUUUGCGCCCCUGCUGUCACAUCACGCAUAGUUUCUGAAUAUGUUAAUGUUGUAAUGGCCCAUUUGAUGAUUUUCUGAGUUUUUAAAUAAUUUCAGCUCCACACUUCCGUGUACACGCCUGCAGACCUGCAAACGUCCACAGGGACCACGCUCACCUGGAUGUUGACUUUCCAUCCUGACGAACUUAAACUUAUACCACUACAACAACAACAACGAAAUGCAACUGUUGAUGGAAUAAAAACAUUUUUCAAGCAAAAAUACAAAAGUGUAGUGUUGCACAGAGCAAUGAUGAACCUAAUUAUUCAAUUGAAAACAUAGAAUAAAUGUACCUAUUUGCUUACAAAUGCCCCUGACCAUUCCACUUUUUCCUAAAUGUUUUACUCACAGAGCACAUGCCUCAAAAUGAUGUUGCAUGAUGUCAUCAAAGAAAAAACGUUUGAUACCAAAUCUUUUUUUUCUGUGAUGUCAUCAAAGCUUCAUAAUGUUGUGUCAUUACGCAUCAUGUUACAUCAAAGCUUCAUAAUGUUGUGUCAUUACGCAUCAUGUUACAUCAAAGCUUUAUGAAAGUGUGAGCUGGCUUGAAUUGAUUUAUAUAGGUAGGAAACCUGAACAAUUUAAAAAAAGUGAACUCCCAAAGAAAGCCUUUUACAACACGUUUGUGUCAGUGAAUUCUACUGGAAGAUUUGUUUAAAGAUUACUUGUUUGAUUACAGCCUGAUAAAAAAACAAAAUGAGUAUUUUUUGCAAGAGAGUUUUACAGUCUUUUACCUUCACUGCAACCAAUUUCUACCGCAGCAGAACUUCACAGCCGUUUGCCAACCAGCAAGUUGGUUUUACUAAAAGAUAUUGUCAGAGUUCCUCACAAGGAAGUUCUACUUCAAGAGGUUUUAACAGCUAUUUGAGUUCCUCUCCAGCGAGUUCUGCCACAAAAGAUUUUCUGAGAAAUUUUACUCACCAAUUUUCAAAAGACUAUUCCACUUAUUAUGAAAACACUAUGAUAUUGGUGAAGAAAAAAGUGGAGAUAGAAGAAGGCACCAUCCUUCACAGUUCAAAAGCGUCGUAUCAAUUGGGAACAUUUCUGGAUGAUGGAUCUUAUGGAAAGGUGUUGAGAGGUAAAAAGCUAAGAACAAAUGAAGCUGUAGCAAUUAAAAUAAUCAAGGGUGAUUACUUAGAAGCAGGUCCAAUGGAAUUCAAAGCAUUAAAAGAAAUUAAGAGGAUCAAGGCUGACAAAAACAACUUGAUUAAGUGCAUUGAUAGAUUUAAUUAUAGAAGUCGUGCAUUCAUAGUUUUUGAAAUGCUGGAUCAAAAUCUGCAUCAUUUCUUGUCUAAAAGAAACUUCUCUCCUUUGGGUAUAUCUGAAAUCAAAGUAAUUUCUCAGCAGCUUCUUGUUGCCUUGAAAGCCCUAAAAAGCAUUGGUUUGGUCCACACUGACAUUAAGCUGGAUAAUAUCAUGUUGGUAGACCACAAGUCACAGCCAUUUAGAGUAAAAUUGAUUGACUUUGGUUUAGCAUUAAAACUGGAAGACUUAGAAACUGGAAGCAUUUUUCAGACUAUGCCUUACAGAGCUCCUGAAGUCAGGCUGGGUCUCCCAUUAAAUGAAGGGGUUGAUAUGUGGGCACUUGGACAUACUUUAGCUAUGCUGUUAAAAGGAUCACCAUUGUAUCCAUGUGACAGUGACUACAAUGUAAUCCGAGCCAUGGUGGAUAUGCAGGGCAUGCCUAAAAAUUCCCUUUUAGAUCAGGGACUCUACUCUGACAAGUUUUUUAACAUGAAUUCUGAAGGCAAAUGGAAACUUGAUUCGCCUAUAGAACAUCUGGUAAAAACUGGGAAAAAGGUCAAAUUGGACAAAAGACAUUGUUCCAGCUUUGAGGAAAUUCUUGAAGAACGUAAUUGUCAAGUGGAACUGUUUGUCAGCCUUCUUGAACAGAUGCUGCUUAUUGAUCCGUAUAGACGCAUCACCCCAGAAGAAGCUCUCCAACAUCCUUUUUUCACUGAGAACAAUUACGAUAACCAAAUCGUCAAAGCGGUCAGUGGCAUUGCAAAUAAGAGAUCUGCCAAAGCCCAAGACCCCAUCAGUCAACAAGAUAAAACAAUUGUUGGAAAGGAUUGCUCAAGGAACUAUGUAGACAGAAAUCAAGACAAAAUCUGUGUGGAAAAAUGUGUCCGGGUACCCUCUUGCUUAGAGAUUUUAAAGCCAAAGAAAACAUACUUUAGGUCAGUUAUAGAUUUCUUUUCCUCCAAGAUCUUUUAAUUUUUGAUUGGUGUCUGUGUUUAUCUCACUUACAAUGCAUGGAAG